AUGCCCACUACACAUUACAUAUGCAUCCCAUUAAGCCAGGGCACGCUCUCCGUCAAGGAGCUCGACCAGGCGAACAUGAGGCGUUUAUCGGGCGCCUUCAUUGCGAAAGACGAAGACAACGGCCAAAAUCAAGAAGAAACGGACUGCAUCCUCUGCUUCGAAACCCUCCACCGCGACAUGAAGUUUCGAGAAUUACCCUGCCGACACAUCUUCCACCAGCCGUGUAUCGACGACUGGCUGUCGAAACGAGACGCGAGCUGCCCCCUCUGCCGUCAGACCUUCUACCACCUAAGGCGGCCGCAGAGUCUUAAAGCGCCAUCGCUGCAUGAGUUGAGCACCACUGAUGAUUUUGCCCUUGCAAGUCCCCUUCAUAGCGAGGUGUCGUUUGCCUCGUCCCCCUCGUCCCCCUCGUCAUCUUCAUCAUCUUCAUCACAGCCGGACACCAUGCGACAGGCGACUGCGUAUUGUAGGGGUCCUUGGGAGGUAUUCAAGUGGUGGAGGAGACAUCGGCAGCGACGGAGGGAGUUGUAUGUGGGUGGUGAGGCUUGGGAAGCAACGCAAUCGUGA